ACAACCUGUGACAUUUUCACGUUGAUUCCACUGCUCAACCAACAAGACAAGACAGACAAACACUCAUAGAGACACGCACUCUAUCUCUCACAACCAUAAUUUUUCUUUCUUCUUGCAAUUCUUGCUUGUGCGUCGUGCAGGAUAACUUUUUUUUCUUUCCGUUUCUGUUGGACAUGGAAAACAAGAAGAAGAGAGAGGUAACUGUUGGUGAUGACGGUGAGGUGGAAGAUGAAAUAAAGAUGGAGAAGUUUUACUCGCUGUUGCGAAGCUUCCGAGACGCACGUGAUCGACGCCGAAGGGAAUUGAAAGAGUUGGAGACAAUCGAGAGCAACAAGAAAAAGAUGAAAACCACCACCGCCUCAAAGCCCAAGUCAGAUACUUGUUUUGAAUGGCAGGACUUUACUACUGAGAUUCACUUCAGAAAACCCCCUUUGGUUUUUCCCAAUCCAGUUACAGUCGAAGACAACAACAACAAAGGUAAGACCAAGAGCGAACAACAACAACAACACGACUCUCUCGACCUCAAACUGGCUCUCUAGAUAGCGUAUCUUUUUUUUUUCUUUCUUAAUCAUGCAUGCUUUGCACCUCCACCAUCGUCUCCAUGGAGUCACGGACCUUCAAUUUUAGAUGAGUUUUGUUAAUUUGCUACUUACCUUAAUUAUUCCUAUGUUAACAUUGUAUAUAUAUAUAU